AUGACGCGUAUUAAGGGAUUUUACAAAUAUGGAUUGGUCAUAACUUACUUACUGGUAGCUAACGUUGCUGCUGAGGAACUAACACUAAAUAUAAAUGUAAAAAAGCCAAUUUCCGUUGUUAGCGAAAAGUUUUUAAGUAUUACGCUCGAUCCAGUUGCUUUGUUCAAUACUAAUUUCUUGAGCGAUGUAGAAAAGAGCACAAACAUGGCUCGAGCUUUGGCGCCAGCUUACGUACGCAUCGGUGGACCACGCAGCAACUCGUACGUGUUCGAGCGUGGCUUGUACCCACAGGAGACGCACCCUGAUCCGGGUUUGACGUUCACAGAAACACAGUGGAUAAAUUUGCACCUAUGGGCCGAGAGAUCAGGCCUCAAUGUAGUAGCAUGUAUAGCACCACAAAUGUCGGAAGGAACACGAGCUUGGGAUCCCCGAAAUGCUCUUGACCUCAUUUCGUUUAGUGAUCAUAUGGGCUAUAAUACCAGCUGGCAGCUCGGUUAUGAAUGUCAAAGCAACUGCGAUAUAAACGGUGCUGACUUGGGUCGAGAUGUGGUGCGUCUACGCAGUAUGCUAGAUGCAUUCCCACGAUUCGCAGAAGCUGGCAUCAUCGUUGGACCUGACAUUGUUUCUUGGAGAACCAAACAAGAGCAACAAUAUCUACAAGAAUAUUUCAGUGUAGCUGCUACUGGACUUAGUGCCUUGACAUGGCAUCCUGAUUUCGCUGGAGUGACCCUCGAAGAUGACGGUGUAUCAAUGCACUAUGAUAAUCUUGCUACUGAAAAAGAUUCACUUUAUAAAGUUGUUGGACGUCAAGUCGCCAAAAAACCAUUGUGGCUUGCUGAGUCGAAGUCUGAAGACUGCAAACGAAAUUUUUUGGGAGCACUUGUAUGGGCAAGACGUUUAGGAAAUUCUGCUAAACUUGGAGCUCAAGUUCUUAUGAGGCAGCUCGAAAACUCGAUUUUAUUCAGACCGACACCAGACUUUUGGGUGUCAUUAUUGCACAAAAUGCUAGUUGGUCGCGAAGUUCUUGAUACGAAGAUCUCAUCGGGAAACCGUACACAUAUACACUUUUACGCUCAGUGUACCAAACCAUCAUCGAAAUACGAAAAAGGAUCCAUCACUAUUUUUGGUCUUAAUCUUACGCCAACUAAAGUUGCAGCUAGCCUGAAAGGGCUUAAAAUUAAAACUGUACAUAAAUAUGUGCUACUACCUGGAUAUGAUUCCCCAAAUCGAAUGUUUGCCGAAUCUGUACUUUUGAACAAUGAUUUGCUGAGCCUUAUUAAUGGAAGAGAAAUUCCUGAAAUAAAACCAAUCAUUUACAACAUAGAUAGGGACGUAAAAUUAAAAUUACCCUCUGGAGGUAUUGGUUUUUGGGUAGUUCCUGGUCUCAAAGCUAAAUCCUGCAUGGGAUCUGAAGAUGACAUUGCCGAUAGAAACGUCGUAAAAAGAGGAAAUAAGCGUCACGAAGAGUUGGAAGUCGAAGACGACGUAGAACCAGGUGACGACAACACCCGCGAAGUCCCAGAUGUUCCUGAUUCACUUGAGGAUAGAAGAUCGUUUCUGAGACAUCAGCUGCAAAGACGGCUAACAACUCGACGCAAUAUACGACACAGGGACAUAGAUAGGGACGACGAGAGAAAUUUACGUAGAGGUGAUGGAAUUAAACGUGACGUUCGCAAGUACGAAAAGAUCGGAAUAAAAAAAGAACAGUACGAUGAUGACAAAAGUGGUGCAUAUAUAACAAGUGACGAAAAAGGUGAGAACUUGAAAGAGGCAGUCGAGCGAAAGAUGUUGGACAGUCAACCGCUCGAUUCCGGGGAGGAGAUACGAGCCAAGCUACACGAGUACAAGAGACGCCUCGCUGACCACGAAUAUCACAAGAAGCAACGUCGAAAAAUAAUGGCUUUAACAAAGGAACGCGUUCACAAUGAACCAAGCAGCGUAUUGAACAAAAGUUUAGACACCGGAAAAGUAAUUGAGGCAUUAACGCUGAUAACAAAAGUUGAAAGUACGAUGAAAGGUCUUGAAAAAAACAAUGAUGCACAACAGAAGCUGUCUCUUUCGGCGAUACUAGAUUCUCAUAAUGCCAGCGAUGUUAACUCUGAACUAAAAGAAAAUUUCAGGAAUGAUGAAUUAUUAGACGAAGUUUUAAAUACCGAAAAAGCCAAAAGAACGGCAAUUCCCACAAAAAUUGAAGACCAACUGAAAGCGUUAUACCAAUUGCUUUCCGAAGAGAAAAAAGAUGCGUCAUUAUCUUCGAGACAUCGACGUGAUUUGGAUAAGCGAAUAGGAGAUGAUCCACUAGGCCUUCGUCGUGACAGUAUCUUCUUACAGAGACGUACAGAAGCAAAGGAACGACGUAACGAGCGUAGACAACGUAUUCGUGAGAGAAUUGAAGAGCAUCGGCGCGAAAGAGAAAAUACAAAGAAAAUGCAGCGAGAUGAUAGCGGUGAAAACAACUUUUAUGGGUUCCAGUACCGCACGCCUCUUAAAAACUUCCCAGAAGGCGAUUUGUACUUGAAAGAUACAACGCCACUCGCUGAACAUGGCAACGCCCCAACUAAAUCAGUAAGAGCAGCUGAUGAAAAUGCGGAUGUGUGGCUAAUAGAAGCCGACGGUAAUCACAUGCCCAAUGAAUUCUAUGAGAAUGUUAAUCAGCCAGGGUACAACGCCAAGGAAAAAGAGUUUGGUGAACUGUGGGAAGCUGAAGCGCUCUAUAAAGAUGACGAUAAUGAAAAGAACAUUAACGGAGCUGCUGAGUAUGAAAUCGUCACAGAGAGACAGUUAACAGAAGCAGAAGAUCGCAAAGCUAAAGAAAAAGCUGUUCAACAGCUUAUCAAUUAUUAUGAAACUGCUCCUCAAGAGCAGACUUACGAUUUCGAACAAGUGAGACAGAAGUAUAUACAAGGACAACGACAACAACCACCACAGGUGCAACAACUACAAAGCUUAACGCAGAUGCAGUCACAACAAUCUAUAUCACAAACACAGCAACCUCAACCACAGAUAUAUUAUCAACCUCAACUACCUGUAAACUAUCAACAAGUUAUUGCAGCAGGUAACAAUCUUCACCACGGUAGUUACUACUAUCCGAAUCAGUAUCCACAGCAAAAUCGUAGAGCAAAAAGGGACACUAAUGAUAUAGAAAAUUUACUUCACCAAGAAAUGAUCGACGAAGACGAUAAUAACUUGAAAGAUUGUCAAUGUCGAGUUAUUCGGGGGAUAGAAAAUUGCAAAGAUUGUCAAAUUCAAACAGCACAGCAGCAAAUAGGAAUGCCACUACUUAUGCAAGGUCAAAUUUAUCGAAAUCCUAAUAUUCCCGUUAAUGGCCAAAAGGUUCGAACUCGAAGGGAUGCUGAAGAAUUCGUAAUACCUAGUGUGGAGGUUAAAGAAGUCAUAGUUGAUAAUCCAGAGAUGAUCGCAGUUAUUCCAGAAGGUGUUCCUGAAAUAUCGGAAACAGUUUCUGAAACUCUUGAAAUUAAACCCGGAGUCAAUGUUAAAGAUGAAAUCGACAAAGCAAUUGCGCCUACAACUCUAGAUGUAGAAGUAGAGCCAUCGGCUUUAGUAGAACGUAGUGCAGUUGAUGUCGAAUUAACUAUAGGUUCUUCUAAAGAGGAUAUACCUGAUGUAGUUUUAUCUGAACCUGUCACAAUUGAGAUGAAUUUGGAAGCAGAAGAAGACGAGCCACUUGGAAGUAGAGUGACACGCAAAACAGACUCAGCCAAGUUUUUUCGAAAGAAAAGCAAAGUCUCAACAACGACUGUGGCGCCUAAAAAGAAAACUAAGACAAAUCAGGAGGAAAAUACCGCAAUUGGAUCUACCACAGACGUCGAAGGCGCUAAACGUGCUUGUUCCGCUGGUGAGGGAGCUAAUGACGCCUGUUCCACUACCCUUAAAACUACCGAUCCUGCCAUUGCGUCCUUUAAUGCCAGUAAUCAACCCUUCAAUUCCACGUUCUUUGCCGCUACAAACCAACCUACUGCUACCAUCGCUGCGAACCAAGCCAUUACUUCCGCGGCUACAAACCAAGCAACUGCUCCCGCCGAUACGAAUCAAGCCACUGCUACCAGCUUCAUCACUACUGCUAACCAACCACUUACAAAUAUCUUCACCGGAUUUACCAAUCAAGCCACCAUUACUUCGAUUACCGGAGCCACCAAUCAAUCCCCUACAACUGGAUUCCUUAACGCCAAAAAUCAGCCCUUCACAACCACAUUUACUAGGGUUACCACUCAACCUGAAUUCAUCAACACAGCUCGACAGCCCCUUACAAUUGCGUUUGCCAGCGCUGCCAACCAACCCGAACUUAUCAACACAGCUAACCAGCCCUUUAAGGUUACAUUUACCGGUAAUAUCAACCCACCCCCUAUUACCGAAUUUAUCAGCACUGAAAACCAGACGUUUACAGUUCCAUUCACCAGCGCCAACGCUGAACCCUCCAUUGUUUCAGUUACCGAAAACAAAAACAGGUUUAAUGCCCAGAGCUACGAUUCAAUUACCACCAAAACUGAUAAACCUAGCGCAAAAACCGCUGAAUCAAUUACAAAAAAUAAAGACAGAUUUAAUAUCAAGACCGUCACUACGACUGCCACCACAGCUGAUAAGCUUAACACCAAACUUGUUGGAACCAAAGCCACUGUCCCAAUAUCCAAUGAGUCAAAUCAAUCUAAUUUCCAAGCCACUGCUGCAGUGGCCAAAAGACAAAGUACAAUCAAAACGGAAACCACAGAACCCGAAAAAAUGCCGAGUAAUCAAACUGCCAAAUCUUCGUUUCUAAAUAAUUCAACUACUACGGAAAGAGAUGUUGAGAUUAAAAAUAAUACCUCACUCCAAAUAAAAAAAUUAACUACUUUACCGAAAACUAAUAAUACUGCAAAAUUAGAUGAGCUGAUAAAAGCUAGACACGCUCGAUUGACGACAAGAACGGAAGCAUUGGCAGCGCUUCGUAAGGAAAACGAAAACAGACGAGCAAAAAAGAUGAUUGAAGCGUCUUUGAAACUGCUCGAAAGCGAAAGCGCAAGAUUUGCUGAGUAUGAGAAAAGACGGCGAGAGCAACUUGACAGAUUAAAAGAUAAACUGAGAGCCAAGCGUGAGAAAAUGUUAAAUCAGUACAAAGAUGAAUUGAUUGAAGCAAUCAAUAACGGUGAUCAGAAGCAAAGUAAUUUACGAAGACGUGAUUUGGUCGAUGGAUAUACGAGAAUCGAUGAAGAAUCUGAAUUCUUCAAUUAUUCACCAAUUAUUGAGAUGAGAUCGCUCCAUGAUAAUCUUGAUUCUAGACAAACGAGGAACGAAGAAAAAUACUUUUUCAAUAGCAAUAAUAAUGAAUAUGAAAAAAGUGGAAAAGCUAAGCGAAGUAUGCCACUAUAUCAUUCGGUAGAAGACGAAGAAGAGAUAUACCAUACAAGUGCAGGCGACAUCAGAGAAGCUUUCAAGAGAUCACCGAUGAUAGUGCUUGAAAUGAACAAUAAGCCUCAGAUUAUGGAAGGAGAUAGUGGUGAGUAUUAUACGCCAGAACAACAAAGACUACUGGAACAAAGAGUGACAGAAGCCCAAAGGAGAAUCCAACAACGUCAAGAAGAAGCUAAGUUGCAUCAGCACUCUGGAGCACAAGAGCAGUAUCCGCAAGUACAAUAUCCAUAUUUUUCGCAAAUGCAAUAUCCGUAUCCAUCGCAUAUGCAACAACCGUAUCCAUCGCAUGUGCACCAAUCAUAUCUACUACAAGCAAACCAAAUUUAUCCUCCACACAUGCAGUCACCGUACCCAACAACAUCAAGACCAUAUAUGUCAGGACUGUAUCAUACUCAACAUUAUCCACAAAGCCAUCAUGAUAAUAAAAAUUCUGUACCUCUCAAUGCACAAUACAAUCAACCACCGCAAGCUAUGCUUCAGCAAACACCUGUGUACCCUCCACCACCAAUAAGUACACUAAAACUUAUCAUUCCACCGACGAUAGUUACUCAACAGCAGACUGACUCUAAACAACACAGUCUAGAACUUUCAGAUACCCAACAACAGCAACCAUUUAUCCAACAACCUAGUGCAGUUCUUCAUAAUCAACAGUCAUCAGCUCUGCAACAAGCGAGUAUGGAUUACUACAAUCAAUAUCCAGAAGAAAUGACACAACAACCUGAUACAACGUAUUAUAAUUACACCCCAACAAAUACUCAACAAGAAGAAUUCGAUGUUAAUUAUACAAAUCAAGCUUAUAUACCUUCUCAGAAACAACUACAAAAAAUCGACUAUUACAAUCUCUCACCAACAGGAGAUCAACAAUAUUACUAUCCAUCUACGUCAAUGAAUUCAGAUUACUACAAACAGUUUUCAACCACUUCUCAACAACAAGUUGAUACAGAUAAUAAAAAUUUAGCAAAUACUCAACAGGUGACUACUGCUGGAAUGCUAGAACAAACAGCUAUUCCUCAAAGAUCAUUGAAUCCUCAACCAAUAGUUCUCUAUCAGCAAAGUAAUGUUGGAGUUAGCUAUACCCAACAACCAACACGGUCAAAUACUGCUACUGAUCAAAGCAAACAGACCACAGCUAUACAAAAAGUACCAGGUGCUCACCUUUACGAACAAAUAGAAAAUACUGAAAAUUUGCAGGAUUUGAAAGUGUACCAACCAGCUCCAGCAGCUGAGGAGUCAGUAGCACCGUAUAUGAAUAGCUACUACCAGUAUUAUCAAAAUUUGAAUCAACAACCGCCUGAUGUUAAUCAAUAUGAAGUAAGCCCAACUACUUACAAAAGUAUUCAACAAGUAUCAGCAUCUCAACCAUACAAAAAAGCAAAGAGGUCGAAUUUAAAAGUUCUGGAAAUCAAUCCAUCGAUCUAUGAUGACGACGACUCGGAUUAUAACUUGCAUGAGUUGUUUAUGAAACCAUCGUCUAGAUUCUCUUCAAGAAGUUCUCGAAGCCCUUUAAGUCUGACAGAUAACAAAAGGCACAAAAGAGAUGUUUCAGUAGACAAAGAGGAGGAUGGGCCUUUAUCGAUUCCUUUGGAUUUGGAUCUUUUGAACAUGAUGCUAAGGGAAAAUAAUCCUGCAAACUCUGAUAUAUUCAUUCGAAAAAAACGACAAACUAAAAAUUCGGAGAUUUACCAAGGCAGAUUAUCAGUCAAUAAGAACAUCAAAAAAGUGUAUAAAUCGGACAAUAACGAAAAACACAAAAAUGCUUUAAAAAGAUUAACGCGAUUGAAACGAAUUGACAAUGUAGAAGUAACUGAAAAAUUUCCUAUGGUUAGAAAAUUACAACUGGUUGAGGAUCACGCUGAUUACUUUCCAUCUAUUAAAGAAUUUACAUACAAUAACCUUGACGAAAAUAAAGACAUAGACACUAUGUUGACAAGACGAAAACGAUCACCUAACCCUGCAUACGAUUAUGGUGUAAAAUAUAAUCACAUUAAUCGUAACGAAGACUCUGACAUGAAUGAGAUUUGGAAUGAUAUUAUUGAAAUGAAACACGAUGAAGCACUUGAUGAAUACGAUAAAAGCAAAGACGAACUGUUUUCUGAUUUUAUAAAAGAUCAAAAACUUGAUAAUUUAUCGAUAGAUGAUAAAAAAGACUCAAAGAUUCAAAAAGUUGCCGAGUCUACAACAAAGGUGAAUAUAGAAUCGAUGAUAGUGGAGGCCAUCCCGAAACUUGAAAAUGUCAUAACUGGGAGUAUAGAGAAGGCACAAAAUCUGACAGGCAACUUCGAGGACUUCAUUGAGAAUUUUGACGAGCAAUUUGACGAAACCACGGCAAAUAUAGAAGAAACCUCGGAAUUGCCGGAAGAUAUAAAUAACGGGAGACUGUCACAUGGUGUCUUCAAAAGUAUGAUUGGUGGUGUAAAAAAGUUUUUCAAUUUCAUUUCGGGUAUUACUAAGAUUUUUCAUAAUUAUUGACUAAUUAAUAUUUGCAUAUGACUAAUUAAUUUUUACAUCUACUUUA